CUGAGGCCCGCCCACUCGCUGUGACGUUGGUGCUGCUGGGUUGGGUGGAUAUUUUUUGUUUUUUUUUGUCGCCGUCGCCAUGAACCGGCUAUUCGGACGGUCCAAAUCCAAGGCCCCGCCGCCCAAUCUGACGGACUGUAUUGGGAAUGUCGAUGGCAGAGCAGAAUCUAUUGAUAAGAAAAUUGCUAGGCUUGAUGUUGAAUUGGCCAAGUACAAAGACCAGAUGAAGAAAAUGAGAGAUGGUGCAUCUAAGAACAUGGUAAAGCAAAAAGCAAUGCGAGUUUUGAAGCAGAAGAGAAUGUAUGAACAGCAGAGGGACAAUCUAAUGCAGCAGUCGUUCAACAUGGAACAAGCCAAUUAUACUAUACAGACGCUGAAAGACACAAAGACUACAGUAGAUGCAAUGAAAACUGGAGUCAAGGAAAUGAAGAAAGCGUACAAACAAGUCAAGAUUGAUCAAAUUGAGAACAUACAAGAUCAACUGGAAGACAUGAUGGAAGAAGCAAAUGAUGUGCAGGAAGCCCUGAGUCGCAGUUAUGGAACGCCAGAGAUUGAUGAGGAUGAUCUGGAAGCUGAACUGGAUGCAUUGGGUGAUGAGCUUCUAGCUGAUGAGGACUCAUCCUAUCUAGAUGACGCUGCAUCUGCACCGUCUAUUCCUGAAGGUGUUCCCAGUGACGCAAAAACCAACAAGGAUGGUGUACUGGUGGACGAAUUUGGUUUGCCUCAGAUCCCUGCUACUUAACACAUGCUUUCAAGCAAAUUUGUAAUUAAACAAUUUUUUUUGUAUGUAUAUUAUUUGCUAAGAAUAUAUUCCAAAAUCAAAACCUGGACUAAUCAUAAUGUUGGUCACUACAUUAUGGAAUUGUGCUUGAAAGAAUUGUACAUGUAGACAUCUUGAGGAUUACUGCAGGUGGGCUUUUAAGUUUCUAUUUAAUUCCUUUGAAUAAUGUGCAAGAGAUAUCUUGUAGAAUCUUGACUUAUGAUAUGCCCCUUACAGCCUGUGAACUUGCGAUGAUUACUUGUACUCAUCUAAUAUUUUAAUUUGCAAUGGAUUCCAAGCAUGAUAAUACAGAAAACUAGUUUGUGGAAAACAUUGUACGGGAUUUGGUUGACCUGAUGUACUUUAAUAAACUUGCUGCAUGGACAGGCUAUUUAACCUCUGUAAAUCUUCUUUCUUACUAUUGCAAUAAAUUUUCACAUAAUUGCAGUCUUCUAAUUAAAAUCCAUUUCUAUGUAAUAUGUAACUGAAGAAUUGACUCCUAACUGUUCUGCUGAAUUGAAGAAAACUUGAUACAUAAAAUAUUGAAAAUUGAA